AUGAAUUCUGUUGUCGGCUCGGCUACUCAUGGGAAUUCCGAAUGUCCUCCCUUGGGGGCCACAGAUGAGGCUCGAAGAUUCCAUCGAAACUAUGAUCCACAUGCUACGCUUUUGCUUGUAGGAUUCUUCGGUGCCGGCAAGAAAACACUGGGGAUUAUAGCGUCAGUCGCCUUGAGACGACGCUUCAUAGACUUCGACUUCUAUUUCAAGCAAGAAGUUCAAUCCUCGCCACAAGAGUUCAUUGCUUGCCACGGGCUGGCCCAAUAUCGCGAGCUCGAGCUGAAGAUAUCGCAAGAACUCCUCACCAAAUACGAUAAAAAUUGUGUCAUAGUUGGCCUCGGAGGGUUUGCCAGUCGCCCCCAACAGACGCUUCUGGCCGAGUUUGCCCAACGGCAUCCCAUUGUAUAUGUGAGACGAGAUGAGCAAGACCUGCGGCAAUUUGUCACCACUAGUCCGGAGAAAUUCGAUCGAAUAUUCGAAUUGGGCAAUGAGUUCUUCGAGUCGUGCUCCAACUUUGACUUUUUUAACCUCACUCAGGGACAGCCUGAUCAGGCCCUGCCGGCGUACCUCAAACUCAAGGAAACAGAGCGUCUGGUCGUAGCAUUUCUACGUCGGAUAUUUGGAAAUUUUUCCCCUCAGACAUUCUCCGCGGACCUGUUCUCUCCAUCACAUACCUUUUCUUUGCAAGUAUCUCUAUCCUGGCUGGAUGAGAAAAGUCCGGAUUUGGACUUAUUAGAAGGUGGUGCCGACGCUAUCGCUCUAGUAAUUACGCCCCAGGAUAUACAUUCGACUCGAAUGGCAGUUAGGCUAUCUCGGCAAAUCGCAACUCUGCGAAAGCACUCUCGCGUUGCAAUAAUUAUUGAUGUGGCGGCAAUCUCCUCCAAAUCACUGGAUUCCAGGACUCAUGAGAAAAUACUGGAAAUGAUUGUUCGCCUUGCUCCUGACAUCCUUGUCAUACCGCUCGACUGCAGUGCUGAACUUGUGGCAAAAUUGAACUCCUCAAAGGGGUUUACCAAAAUCAUUUCUGAUUUUCAUGAGAAAACUCCAGUGGGAUCACACCGAAAUCCUCUCACGCCUUCGAUUCUCCGUGAACGGACACGAUCAUUGCAACUUGAUGCAAUUCGCAUCACUGGUGAAUCCAAAUUUCCAGAAGAUAAUCUUCAAUGUGUUCCCUUUAUUAAAGAGGCAGCCACCAUCAUGGAUGUUCCUGUCGUUGUAUAUAACACGGGACCAUUCGGCCGGACCUCAAUUUGCUUGAACCCUACUUUAUCACCAGUGUUCCCACCAUCUUUGCAGUCCGAUGGACUCACUGUGCAGCAAGCGCAGGAAGCAAUGACUGCAUUUUUCCUUCUUCCCAAGAAGAAGUUCACCAUCUUUGGACAGAGUGUAAAGUACAGUCUUUCGCCAGAAAUGCACCAUGCAGCAUAUAAAUAUUGUGGACUACCAUAUACCUACGACACGAUGCAGGCUGAUAACAUUUCUGCGGUUCAUGAGAUUCUCUAUGAUGCAGACCGUGGUGGUGUCACUAUCUCUCUUCCCUUCAAAUCCGCAAUCUUGCCUUUCAUUGAUGAGAUCACCCCAGAUGCAAACGACAUGCAGGCUGUGAAUACAGUUGUCGUAGAGCAAAAGGUCCAGCCUGAUGGGUCGCGGGUCACCAUCCGGAAGGGUUACAACACCGAUCACAUCGGUAUUAGAGAUUGCAUUGACAAACAUCUCUCUCCAGCCAACGCAGUGCGGGAUGGAACCACAGCCCUGAUCGUAGGCGCUGGAGGAAUGGCCCGCGCAGCGAUCUAUGCCUGUUACGAGCUCGGCGUUCAACGGAUUUGCAUUUAUAAUCGCACGCCCGAGAAUGCGCAAAAGCUCGCAGACUAUUGGAACAAGUGGACUCAAUCCAAGCCUGGUGUUAAUUUACAAGUUGAUAUUCUUCGGUCAACAGAUUCAUGGCCCGCAGAUCUCCGGUUACCAACCAUCGUCGUGCCCUGCAUUCCACCCUUCCAAAUCGGUAGUGAGCACCCGGUGGUAUUUCAAAUUCCGGACCAGUGGCUUGAGAGCCGGACAGGCGGUGUCUUUGUCGAGGUUGCUUAUGGUCCUUUCAAAACGGAACUAAUGGAGCAGAUGCUUCCUCGUGCAUCGAAAGGCUGGGUUGUUGUGAGUGGGCUGUUGGUUCUGAUUGAACAAGGCAUCGCCCAGUAUGAAAUGUUUACGAAGCGGCCUGCACCGGUCCAUGUUAUGCGACGUGUGAUUCGGGAACAAUCCAUCAAGUAUGGAUUUGUUCAUCAAUGA